CUCCGCUGCUGAUGCCGGGACACACACUGCGUUCAGCAGCGCAUCUCUCCGGCUGCAUGGCGCCCUCUCUCAGACUCUGAAUCUGCUCUCAGAGCUCCACAACCGCCCAGAACUCACACAACCAUGACGGAGCCCUCCGCCUCCUCCCCCGUCCCCGACCCCACCGUGGUGGACCCCUCCGCGGUCAGGAACGGCCGCUGCGCCGCGGCUCUGGAGCCCAGCGCGGGCAUGAGAGGCAGCGAAGUGCGCGCUGUGGACCAGGACCAGGAGAUGAAGAUCACGGACAGCGUGGAGGGAGAAGGUCUGUUGGAGAGCAGCAUGCGCCUCAAACCCCAUGAAGCUCAGAGUUACAGGAAGAAGGCCCUGUGGGUUUCGUGGAUUUCCAUUGUGGUGACCAUCAUUCUGGCGGUGGCAGCGUUCACGGUAUCCUUCAUGAGGCACAGCGCAUCGGCUUUCGGAUUUGCCUUCGAUGCUACGUUAGAUGUGCUCUCAUCCAUCAUCGUGCUCUGGCGCUACAGCAAUGCAGCAGCUGUGCAUUCUGCCCACAGAGAAUACAUAGCCUGUGUGAUACUGGGGGUGGUGUUUCUCCUGUCAUCACUGUGUAUUCUGGGGAAAGCCAUCCAUGACCUUGCCACCAAUCUCCUGCCUGAAGUGGAUGACUUUCUCUUCAGUGUGUCCAUUGUGAGCGGGAUCACAUGUGUCCUCCUGGCCGUGGCCAAGUUCAUGCUGGGAAGGGUGCUGACGAGCAGAGCCCUGAUCACUGAUGGUUUUAACUCCAUGGUUGGAGGCAUUAUGGGUUUCUCCAUCCUCAUCAGUGCAGAAGUCUUUCGGCAUCACCCUGCUGUCUGGUACCUGGACGGCACGAUUGGCGUUCUGAUUGGACUCAUCAUUCUAGCUUAUGGAGUAAAGUUGUUAGUCGACAUGGUGCCACGAGUACGACAGACCAGGAACUAUGAGCGUUUUGAGUGAGUGUGGUUACAGAAGAGAUACAGCAGAAGAGGGUCAAUGUACAGACAUGGAUAGUGCCAUGCUAAAGUGCCCACCAACAUCUCCAAUAUCUACAGCAUCUCCAACAUCUCCACCAUCUCCACCUCCAACAAAUCUUUAAUUACCUCGAGGCAGACCCAAGUAUGAACUGUUCCUGUUGUGAUGAUAUCUAAAUCUGAUCUGUGGUUAAUACUAACCCCUGCCUGAGCUUCAUCUGAGCUUCAUCUGAUCUUCAUCUGAUAUUCUCUUGAUCUUCACCUGCUCUUAACUUGAUCUUCAGUUGAUCUUCACCUGGACAUCACCUGGUCUUCACUUAAUGUUCACCUGAUUUCAAUUGAUCUUCACCUGAUCUUCAUCUGGCCUUCUUCUGAGCAUAACCUGCUUCACUUGAUCCUCACACGAUCCUCACAGGAUCUUCACAUGAGCCUCAUCUGAUCUCCACCUGUUCUUAACCUCGGUUUCACCUGAGCUUCACAUGAUCUUCCCCUGAUUUGCACCUGAGCCUGAUCUUCACCUAGUCCUCACCUGGUUCCCACUAGAUCGUUAUCUAAUCCUCACCUAAUAUUUACCUAAGCUUCACUUGAUUGUCAAAACCUGAUUGUCACAUGAUCCUCAGAGUCAAUCUGGCAACCAGUAACACCUAUGCUGAAGAAGAUGUAAAAAGACAUAAAGAAGAUGGAAAAGCUGUUAGAAAAACUAUAUUAAGUCUGGGAGAUUUAGUCCAGGCAAAGGAACCACGUUCUCAAGGAACCAGUAUGCUAUUGAGACAUACAGAACUUCUCCAUUCAACAAUGCCCUUCAUGCUCUUCAUCCAUUAUGUUUUCUUAAAAGUUUGAAGUUUUUUUUAUUUAUUUGCUCCAGAUUCUAACUCACAUCUGCAGUGUAAUGUGAUUUUCCAUUUGGAAGUCAUAUGGUGUCCCACUGGGUGUCCCACAGAUUCUAACCUCACAGCCCCACCCCCUCACUUCUCCUGUACUCCAGCUAAUGAAGCCCUGUCACCCUAUAUAUAUAAAACAUGUAAAAUUGCUAUAAAUAUGUGCUGAGAAAGAAGGUCAUGCAGCCAGGCGUUUGUAAAGUUGCCAGAGUAGUUCUCGAGACUGGAAGGUCAAUGAUUAAGCAUGUAUAAACUAGGGCUGAACGAUUUUGGAAAAUAAUAUAAUUGCAAUUUUUUAUCUAUAAAUUGUGAUU